ACGCGCCUAUAAAAAACACCCAUCUCUUCCGCCUCCCACCUUCUCUCUUCUAUAGUCGCAUUCCCCAACCUCUUCCCCCGCCGCCUCCGUUGACGGCCACCGUUGACCUCCCCUCCGGCGAGGUCUUCCACCUCGCCGGGAACCCCACCUCCCGCCUUGUCCUCGAGGUGGUGUUUCUCCGGCCCCUCUAAUCGGCCGGCGCCUUGGUCUCCGCCUGCUCCCCGGAGUACUCGAUUCGCCUCCUUUCGAUCCCGCUACGGCUGCUCUGCUUGCUCGCCAUGGCGAUCCGAAUCACGGUUUCGUACUCCGGCUACGUGGCGCAGAAUCUCGCCGCGUCGCUCGGACAGAGAUGCUCCUCCGCCUCCACGGCGGCCGGGUGCCGCUUCUUCCAAGACGGCGGGUGGCGCCCCUUCUGCAUGCUCACCUCCUCCCGCCAAGCCGAGCACCACCGGAACAGCGGCGCCGACCACCGCCGUGAAGCACUCCGUGAAUCCGGAGAGCACGACCACCCGAAGGUGCAGGCGCUCUCCUCCUCCGCCGCCGGAGGGCAUUCGCUGUUCCUCUCGCCGGCAUACGCUUCGUCCAGGGCGCAGCCGCCGUCUCUGGCCGUGGGUUUGCUGUCGGUGCUCGCUCAGGGGACGGGGCCGACGGGUGGGAUCUCCGGCGCCGCGUCUCUGUCAGGAUCGUCGUCGAUCUCUCUCGGGUUCAACCCUUCCUCCUUCCUCCCUUUCAUGCAGACUUCGAAGUGGCUCCCCUGCAGCGACCUCGCCACCUCGUCGUCUGCGGCGCCGUCUUCUCCUCCUCCUCUUCCCUCACCGCCGCCUUCGAUUAGCCCCAAGAAGGCGUUGGUGAGUAGCGCUAGUGCUGGUGCUUCCAGCUCCAAGGCGCCGAUUGCACGGAACAGUGGUGGUAGUGCCGCGAUGAGCAGGAGCAACUGGUUGUCGAGGUGGAUGAGCUCCUGCUCCGAUGACGCCAAGACGGCAUUCGCGGCGGUGACCGUGCCGCUGCUCUACAGCUCGUCCCUGGCCGAGCCGAGGUCCAUCCCGUCCAAGUCCAUGUACCCGACCUUCGAUGUUGGUGAUCGGAUUCUCGCCGAGAAGGUCUCGUACAUAUUCCGGGAACCGGAUGUCUUGGACAUUGUGAUCUUCCGGGCACCCCCUGCUCUUCAGGCUUGGGGCUACAGCUCGGGUGAUGUUUUCAUCAAGAGGGUUGUGGCCAAGGCAGGCGACUAUGUCGAAGUACGUGAUGGCAAGUUGAUUGUCAAUGGAGUAAUCCAGGAUGAGGAAUUUGUGCUGGAAGCUCACAACUAUGAGAUGGAACCCACGCUUAUACCAGAAGGUUACGUGUUUGUGCUGGGAGACAACCGUAACAACAGCUUUGAUUCUCAUAACUGGGGGCCUCUUCCUGUGAGGAACAUCGUUGGAAGAUCCGUGCUUCGGUACUGGCCACCAUCGAAAAUUACAGAUACAAUUUACGAGCCUCGUGCAGAAUAUUCUGCAGCCGGGUUGUCAUGAGGUGUAUCCAGGCCGCCUGGCAGUUGCAGAUAGCCUAUGUGUAAUACUCUUUUGUGGAGCUCCACCUAUGAGCCGAGUUCCAGUUCACAUCUCUCACUGUUGUUUAUAGAGUUUUGUGUAAAUUCACUUUGGCUGACCAA